AGAAAUGGCUGAAGAUGUCUGUGGACUCUGAGAACUCUUGCAGUCUGCUGUCGUCCCAAGAAUCCAGGACUUCCUGCAUCUUCCAGACUGCUGAUGAGAGGGAUGAAAUCCCAGGAGUGGGAGAUGAGAGCAUUCUGGAGAUGUUGAGUUAUUCCAAGUUCUCAGACCUGGAGACAUGGCUUUGUAUGCCAUCCUCUCUGCUUAUGUCCAGGCCUCUGGACUUCACCAACACCUCCUCCUCCUGCUCCACCUUAUCCUCCUCACAUGCUUCCAACCACUCCUCCAAUUCCCCAACGAUGUCUUCUUCUUCAUCUGCGACCUCCAUCUCUCGGCGCUCUGUCUGCAGCGAGCCAGGAGAAACCCUGCUCAGGUCCUUGGAGAGGGACUGCGCCUUCCUCUCACCUGCCCUUGGAAAGGAGGCAGCAUUCCUGUCUACGCCGCUCCUGCCCAUCCUGUCCUCUACCCCUGCCGCUCCUUCAGAAACGGGCUCCCACCCAACUACGGGAGACUCCACCUCCAGGAGCGGCGUCAGUGUCAGGAAGCGCCGCCGACUCGCUGCCAGUCCCGGAGGUCUCCACUGGAACUCUGAAGGUUCUGUGCAGCGCGACUUCUGGUCACCCGAUCCUCCUUCUGGAUCUGCAGCAGGUGGAGCCAGAGGUACAGGGCUGGGUGGGCGGAGCCUCCCUCUGGGCCAGAUGGACAGAGUGACACCUGUUUGGACAGCAGGUGAGCGGCUAGCUCUGAGGAAAACUUUCUCAGCUGACGAUCAGCUGCUGAGGCCGGCGGGUGGAGAACUAAAGCUUCUCAACCGGCUGGAGAGAGGCCGAAAGAAGCUGCGCAACAUCCAUAGCCUUGGAACACAGGGCCGAUACGACAGCAGGAAGAAGUCGGACAGUAAGAUCUCCCGCUUGGCUCAGAGGUGGAACCAGAGGCCGACUGGAAAUGCUCUGAUCCGAGACCUGAAGCCCCUGUAUCCCUCAGGAAUCUAUCGAUCCUCGCUCAGCCUGGACAGAAAUCUCCCAGGCAUUAUGACCCAACAGAUGCAGAACCUGCAGCUGUCCCAGACCAGGAAGAUUCCCGGAGGGCCGGCCUCACCCAGCGCCGCCAAGCGCCUCUACAGGAACCUGUCAGAAAAGCUGCGCGGAAGCACCUCCUCCUUUGAAGAUGCCUACUUCUUUGGAAAAACGGACCGCCUUCGGAAAGCCUCGACCAUGCAGGGCAGCGACUGCAUCUUCGAGGCCGUGGAGCAACAGGAUCUGGACACCGUGCAGAUUCUCCUCUACCAGUUUUCUGCCGAGGAGCUGGACCUGAACACCCCCAACAGCCAGGGCCUGACACCGCUCGACAUCGCCAUCAUGACCAACAACACGCCAAUCGCCAAGCUGCUGCUGAAGGCUGGAGGAAAGGAGAGUCCGCACUUUGUGAGCGUGGAGAGUCGUGAGGCUCAUCUGAGCGCCCUGGUGGAGGAGGCAGAGCGCCGGGCGGCUGACCUGGCGGCUCAGGCUCAGAGGGACGGCCUGUCGCUCGAGGCCUGCCACAAAGACAAGCAGUUGAGGAUAUGGGAGUGGAGGAGCAAGCUAUACAAGCGCAUGAGGACCGGCUUCCAGCAUGCACGUUCCCCGGAGGCCCCGACCAUGGUUCGGCUGAGCGUGACCAGCAGCACCACACUGACCGUCAUCUUCCAGGAGCCGCAGUGUCUAAACUCCACAGUGGUGACCAAGUACAGAGUGGAGUGGAGCUGCCUGAAGGAUUUCUCGCUGCUCGCCGGUGAGAUGGUGCUGGAUAAUCUGCAGAGCCUCAAAUGCACUAUCAGCAGUCUCUCUACGGGUCGGCUUUACUACGUCCGAGUAUCGGCGUACAACAUGAAGGGUUGGGGUCCGCCCGCCUCCUCCCUGCCUCCAUCUGCCGCUCCAUCCAACUGGAGGGAGAGCGACGGGCGCGAGCCCAGGAGGCGGGGCCACAUCGAGGCCAUGGAGCGUCUGCUGCAGCAGGUCCGGGCGACGCACACGCACUACUGCUGCGGGGACUCCUCGAAACUACAGAACCCAAGCAGGAAGCAGUCGGUCUCCAGAAGCCUCAAACACCUCUUCAACUCCUCAAACAAGUUUGUAAAGACACUGAAAAGGGGGAUCUACCUGGCUGCUGUCUUCUACCAUAAGGACAGUUUGCUGGUGACCGCCGAGGAGCAGAUUCCCAUCGUGGAAGUGGACGAUUCCUACAGCAGCUCGCUCAUGCAGGACUUCCUCUGGUUCACGAAGCUGUCCUGUAUGUGGGAGGACGUGCGGUGGCUGAGACAGAGCAUGUCGGUGUCCAUGUCUUCGUCGUCCACGCUGCAGGCCCGCCACAAGAUGCUGACUGCCGCCGCCCAGCUGCAGAGCCUUCUGGGAACCCACAACCUGGGCCGGGUCCACUACGAGCCCAUCAAGGAUCGGCACGGCAACGUGCUGCUGGUGACAAUCCGCGACACGGAGAGCCAGCACUCGCUAUUUAACGGGAGGUGGAUGCAGGUGACCAAACUGCAGAGCCAGCGGAAGUCCCUGUCCACGCCGGAGGAGCCGUACGCUCUGGACAUCCUCAUCAUCACCAUGCAGGACAUCCUGGCGUACCAGCGACGCAGCACCCACCGCCUUGCCCCCGGCCUCUAUCUGGGCUACCUGAAGCUCAGCAGCUCUGUGGACCAGAUCAGAGUGCUGGUGUCCCAGCGCACCCCCAACAUGCUGUGCCACACCCGGAUCCGGGACAACGCCAACGUGUCCAGGGAGGAGUGGGACUGGAUCCAAACGCUGGCGGCUGCGGGAGACAAACGCCGCAGCGAGGAGGACGGCGAGGAGGCGGAGCCCCAAGCAGAAAGCCACGCCCCUCUACUCUACUACGAGCUGCAGACAGCCGUACUAUCCCUACUGAAGCACAUCAACGUCUCUCUGCACAAGGCCCGUCACUUCCGUCUCUACAGCCAGGAGGUGGUGGAGAUCGGCCAUGGCGUCUCCUUCCUGCUGCUGCUGCCCCCUGCCGACGACGUUUGCUCCGCCCCCGGACAGUCCAACCCUUACACCCCCCUGUCCGGGUUCCUGCACCUGCCGCUGCAGAUGUUUGAGCUCGUUCACUUCUGCACCUACAAGGAGAAGUUCAUCAGUCUCUAUUGCCGCCUGUCCUCGGUCCUGGACCUGGACGCCCUCAUCACCCAGCAGGCACUGCGAGAGGCCAUCACGGACGGCGAGGUGACAACAGCCAGAUCCCGACACCAGCUCAUCCUGGACUACAUCCAGCAGCUGGAUGAGAUGCGACGUGACCUCCGCUGGAUCACGGAUGCCUUGCAGUACGCGCGGUACAAGCAGCCCCGCGGCGGCGUACUCAUCACCUGCCUGGUGGACGCCAGUGCUUCAGAAAGCGAUUCCGGACAGCAGAAGACCGAUUCCACCUCCUCCACAAUGGACUACGUGGCCACACCCUCUCCAUCCCCAGAGUUCAGGAGGAGAAAGGCCAUCAGUGACUCUCUCCUUGGCUCCGAUGAGGACGGCUCCUCCGAGGUGUUCCUGCCCACUGACAGCGACUAUGACUCCAGUGAUGCCCUGAGCCCCCGCGAAAUGGACCUGCUCUACUCUCCGGCCUCGGAUCUGUCCCAGCAGGUCAUGCACACAAUGGGCGGCAGCGCCCCUGACGUCCUGCAGAUCCAUGAGCUCAGGUACAGCAUCUGUCCACCGACAGACCUCCCUGUCUCCACUCCCAGGAAGGAUCCUCUGCUACCCACCUCCACCUCUCCAUCCGCAGAUCUCCCCCUCCCCACCUCACCUCGACCCCCGCCACGCUCCAGGACCCUACCCAUGUCUCCGUCCCUCCCCUUGUCCCCCAGGUUCUUCAAAGAUCUGCCCCCGUCUUUCCCCCUGUCCCCAGUUCUGUCAGACACCACCAAGACUUUUGAGGGCCUCUCGCUCACUAAGGAGGGCCCCGUCCCUCUGAGGGGCCUUGCCAAUCCACCAGCAAAACGCAAGCUGCUGUCCAGGAGCCACCGGGGGCAAUACUUCAGCGGGCCUCAGCGCUGGCUCCGGGGUCAAAGCGGGGAGAGUCUUACCGGGUCUUUAUCUGAGGGCGUUUACACCAAGCAGCUUGAUGCUGACUUAACUCCACUGGGGGAUCCAGCGUCACCACAGAGCAACACCUACAUCAGCCACGCCUCCUGCAUCCUGGAGAGUCGGAAAGCCCGGCACCGGGAGCUGCGGCCCCAUGUUCGCAGGAUCUUCGUCGAGCCCUGCAAGGAUGAGUCACCGAGCCGGGAGGAGGAGACUGUGACGGCUGCAGGCGUGUCGGUGGUUGUAGCACAGGCCGAGUCUGGAGAGGAAGGGGAGGAGCCGGACGGAGCCGCCGCCCAGGAGCUUGACUCGGAUGACCAAACGAACGCGCAGGUCUCGGAGAUCCUCAGCAGCACGCUGUAGGGAGGCAGCAGCUCAGAUUUGAGCGGAUUGAACAUUGUUGGAAAACGGACGUUACAUGGACAUCAAAGCCACUGCAAACAACUGAGUCGUGUUUCAUUUUACCUCAUACACAAGACAAACCACCUGCAUCCAGCAAGGAUUCACCUUUUCUCCUUCAGUGUCAUGUCAAAGCCGAAAGCUGCAACAAAACCUUCAACCACUUAAUGGCUAAAUGUAUUCAGUCUAAAGGUCAGGAUCUCCCUGUAAUCCCUCAGUAUCAGCACAGAGUGGAUCAUUAAACCCCUCUGUCUCACAGACUGAUGAGAGGCACGUUCAGCGACAUCUGCUUCAGCGACAUCCGCAUGUUCAGCUGAAAUAUGGACACAGCGACAAGUAAAAUGAUGAAAUCACAGACACACCCCUGACAGGUGGAAGGAGUGCAAACAUAACGAGAAAACAUCCUGAGGAUUUCCGACAUAUGGACAUCAAAGGUUGUGUUAACACAGAAGUCAAUGAUCCCUUGGUGCUAAUUCUUCUACCGCAGUUUCAGAAACUGCCUCUUUAAACUUUGUUUUAUCCAGCGGUGAUGACAGGAAUUCAGUUCAGUAGGUAAUAGAUCAAGUUAUUUUAAAACUUUGCCAUUACAGUAGUCCAUAUCUUCCUAAUUUUUUUGUCCAUUUUUAAGAUUGAAACAAGGUACAGAAAUUUCAAACAAAGAUCAUAUAAGAAAAAAAAAUAUUUAUUCCAAUUAUUGCAAUGUUAGCAAAGACAGGUUGACAGCUAUUGAUGCUGUGUUUUAUGCUUUUACUCAUGCAACAAGCAGAAACUUAUCCCCAUGAUGUUUUAGUAGCAUCAUGUAAAGCAUGGUGAAGAUUGGCAAACCACUUCGUCCUUUUCUAACAGCUUUUGCCAGUCUUGUUGGUUGGGGACUUAGCCUGAACAUUUGAACACAAACCCCUUAUAGGUCCCGCCCCCUUGCUCUCUGCCGGGCUACAGCCCUCCCUCCACUGCUCCUCCCCCACAAAAGACCCAACCGUGCUGCUCCAAUGUUUACCUGACUUUGUUUUCUGAGCAAGUGCUACUCAGUAAAUUGGCAGUUGUUGCUCAGCGGGGAAGGUGGUGCGAGCAGUGCAUAUCAAAUUGUGGUUGACCCUGCGAACAACCGAGCAGAGCCAGACAUUCCUCCUUGCUCUGAUUGGUUGUUUCUCACCGGGAGCAGUGUAAUUCUGCAAAUGGAAGUAGGACCUCUGGGAGGAGCCAGAGAAGCUUGAUUUUGUCACAUUACCAGUCUUAUAUUUUACUGUCAGAUAUUGACAGUUUUUAACAAAUGUGUAAAAAAAAUUUUUAUAUAAAAGUUACCUAUUGCAGCUUUAACCAAACUCAGAAUUUAAACAAAUAGAUGCUCAUCUCUGCAUUAAACUUGAACAUAACCUCCGUCUUUAUAGCAGAUUUCUUCAGUGCAGCAAAUGUACUGGAAAAUCAGACUUUCAGAAAGGAAUUUAUUAUCUAAACCUUAAAAGGCUUCAACCCUAUUACCUGUUUUAGCUGACAAAUGUGUUUCCUGAAAAUAGGUUCUGGAAUUAAGUUUAAGCACAUACUUAUCCAGAGAUAGAAAAUGCCCGAUGCUAAAAGCUAAAUCUAGCCUUUUCUCUGCAACUCUGUGUGUAUUUUUUGAUGCAGGGUGGUGGAUGUGGCCUUGUCAGACGUUCAGUGGUACAGCCUCCUAUUCUCUGUUUCUUUCCCACAGGAACAUCAUUAAUACACUGAAACAAUCCUCCCUCCUGCUGACCCAUGAAAUUUUUUUAUCUCAGUCAAAGCUUUGAACCUUUGAACCUUUUGCCGCUAUGACGGCGACAUCUGGCCAAGAAAGCAGCCCUCCCACCUGUUCAGAUUGAAUUCAAGUUGCUGGUUCAACUCCACCAAGCCUCAGAACCAAUGGCAUCGACUGUUACAGAAAAUGAUCAAUGCAACCAGAACCCAUGCACUGCGCCCCCUUCAGGACAUUUGCAUUGUGACCCUGCAGGGUCACCCAGUAGAAGGACUGGAGAAAAAAAAAAAUGUCUCCCAGUUCAGUUAAUCUGUAAAGACUCCAGUAUUUCUGGUGACCCCACCCUCCACAUCCUCAGCAUGAACUGAAUGUAGGUUUUGAUCCGUUUGUGAUGAAUUCGGUCAGUUGUUCCGAGCUGCUGCGGUUCGGCUCCGGAUGUUUCCGUUUAAAUAUAGAAAAAAAAAAGAAAUCGAUGUGUAUAUAUUCUUACAAACAGAUCCAUCUCCAGAGUCUUUAACACAUGAAGUAUUUUUUUAUUCUUAAAUCUAAAGAUGGAAUGUGGCCUGAGCUGUUUUUUUUUUUUUGUUUUUUUUUGUCAGCAUGAUGUAGACCGUGGUCUUCGUUUUAUUCGACUGAAGCUUCGUGUCCCGUUUGUGCCUCCUCCGGGCCCAGCACGAUGACGUCUCGUGAGGUUUAGUCUGCACGGCGCACACACGGCGGACUCCCUGUGCACUCCGAUCCGUUCGGUUUUUGUUUCCGCUUUACCCUCGAUUACUGUCGUGUUUUCUGUUCGGUUUUGAACCAACGUGAACCAAAAGCUGCACCUGUUUUCUUCGUGAUGUCUAGAAGCGAUGACACGUGGACCUGCUGGAACAUGCACACGUUCUUAACAUGUAUGCACAGUAUUUCAAAAACAGCAGUUUUUUCUAACGUUUGCACAUUCUGACUAUGGAAUAAAAGCUAAUUGAAUAUUUGAUGCAACAGGGCAUUAACUGUGGCAGCUUCUGUUAACCUAAAGGUUAGUCCUGGAAGAGUUGAUGAUGGCGACGGAUGAGGUGUUAACUUGUGAGUUUGGUCGUGUUUGAAUGUGUUACAGUGAAGUGUCAGAGUUCAGCUUUAAAACCAGACAUGCACUAAAUGUAUUUACAUGUUUCUGCUGCAGCUGUCUGUAUUUUAUGGCAUUUAUCAGUUUUUGCUGAAAUAAAAGAAAAAGAACUAUAAAAUGAAA